ACCAGGGUGGGAUAUUUGAUGAAUGAAGUCCGUUGUCGCUACACCUCGCUACAGCAACAUUUUUAUUUCACAAAGGAACGAUCUGAAGAUAUUAUCCUAGAACUGGUUUUCAUUCGAAGAAAGCAGCAAGUCACAAUAAGCAUGAAGAGAUAGCAAGCACCUUCUAGUCCAAAGAAGUAACAAGCAGUUAAUAACGCCAUAGUCAACAUGAGCACAGCGGCGGCCAUUAAGCCCCAGGGGACCAAUGGCGGUAUCCCUGGUGCCCUGGCGCCUAGCCACGAGCUCACAGAUGAGAUUUUGAGCGAUGAGGAAGGAAAGGUGGACUUGACUGUGGUGCUACCUGGAGGACAGCAAAAUGAGAUGACAGUGGACUCCCACAUUCCUGUAAUGGACUUCCUCGUGCAGGCUGCAAAGGCCAAUAAGCUCAGCCCUACAAGUCAUGUGAUACAAAUUUUCAAUGACGAUACAGGUCGUCCCAUUGAAUUCAAAGCUAGCCAGAGCAUUGGCUCCCUAGGCACAACCAGAAUUUACCUGGUAUCCAAGAAGGAUCUGAAUAAAAAGAAAAACUACAACUUUGAGGCGCACAGAAGAACUCCUGGCAAUGUGCCAAUGGUUACCAUACGACUGACAGUGAACUUGCCAGGAAAACAGAAACAUGUUUCCAGAGUCAACCCAAACAAAACACUGGCAGAGAUAUACAAACAGGUUUGCGAUGAGAAAAACAUGGAUGCCACACGAUAUGACUUUCGACUUAUCAACGAGCCAGAUAGACAGUUGGAUAUGUCUACUAAACUGAGUGACUACCCCAAAACAAAUGAGAUCAAUCUCAUUACUGUCAAAGCUCCCAAUUUUCGCAAGUCAACAACAGAUCUUAUAUAUGCUCAAAAGACUCUCAGUGCAAUGCAAAACCCUAGCUCCGGCACCCUCAUGCCUGAUGGGAAGGAGAAGAAGAAAAAGGGAUUUUUCUCUUUUAUGAAGAAGGAUAAAGCUAAAUUUAAGCCAGCUGAGGCUGGUAACAGUGCUCAAAAAACCUCCACUUCAUCACUCCCCCCUUCAAAUGGAACCCACUCAUCCCAGCAGUUACCCAGACAAACCGUAUCAACAUCGGUUUUAUCAACAGCCCCUCAGCACAUGCAGCCUGGCAGCUCAACCUCACUGCCGAGGCCUGGGAAGCCCCAUGCUAAAAAACGGGCUGCUCCAGCACCUCCACCACAACAGGUGGCUCCAUCUAGGGAGAUUCCAGUCAAGACAGAACCAACUGAAGAGAUUAAUAGUCUUUCACCUCUGCCAAACUUGCCAGUGACUAAUAAACUUCACUCCAGAAAUAGUUCAGACUCCAGUGGAUACCAUGAGUCGCCGUCUAGUCCUACAGAGUCACCAGAUUCACAUAGAGACAAGAUGAAGACGAGUUUAGAUGCAACAUCUCUGGAGAGCAAUGAUUUAGGUCCCGAACCAUCAUCCAUGGGAAGCCAUAGCAGUCCACAUCCUUCAGUGAAUACUUCCACAGAAACUCUCACAAACUCAAGACUCUCAGAGGAUGUGCCUGAUGCACGCACGCCUGAGAAGCCAUCGCCCACAAAAGGAACAGCAACUGCCAAGGGUGGCCGAAGAAAGGCACCUGCACCACCACCGCCACCUGGUGUGAAACCCUACAGACCGCCUAGUCAUAAAACCAAAGCUGCUCCAAAACCAGGAGUUAAAGUAAAAGCUAAUGGGGUAGUUUAUCGUGAAAAACCAGGUAAACCUCCAAGACCUCACACAAUUGUAGGUGGCGAUAUACAAGAAGAGCCCAAGUCAGCACCACGCCGUCCAUGUUCUUUUAUUGCUCCUCCACCCCCUGUGUCACCUCCCCCAGGGGAUUUGAAAACCCCAGAAAAUAUUGAAGAUUUUCUUCCAUUGGGACAAGGCAAUAUGGCGGUGGCGGGAAAAGGGAUUUUGCAUGUAAACACUGGUAUCGGCACUUCUCCUGUUGCUGAUGCUCAUAGUCGAAGUAACAGUGGAGAUGGAUCAGUGACUACACUAGAUGACAUUGGGAUGUGUUUCGAGGACACAAUCGCUGCUGCUGAAGAGGCAAUUCAACGCGAGGAUGACGAAGGGUACAAAAACGAGAUGGCUCAAUUUGUUGAAAAAAUGAGUGAGAUGACAGCUGAUAUUCACGAUGGAAAUAUUCCAGACGAUGAACCACUUUCCAGUCCUGAUAUUUCCCAACCAUCUGACCAAUCAGAAACAGGGACUUUUGUUCGACAUGGCGAUACUGAUUCUGAGUCAAGCUCAAUUAAAGAUGAUGUUCAUGAACUUCCUGAGACGGAGGAGAUGAAAGUUCCUUCUCAGAGAAUUAAAGUGGAAUACGAUGCUCCAUAUAUGGCAAUGGAGGACACAAUAAGCCAAUCAGAGGAGGUGCCUGAAUAUAUCUCACCUGAGCUAAAUACUGAAUCGAAUACCGAAGAUGACAAGCCUGUGGAAAUCCCUGUUCAGCACACAAGGAAUGAAGAUGAUGAAGAUGUCAAACCCAAACCAGUGAUUGAAAUCGAAACAUCUGAAAGUGAUGCUGAUUCAAUAAAAGAGGCCCAGAAAGAGGUCGACGCAGCAGAUAAAAAGAAAAAUAAAUCAAAAGCCCUUCUACAGGAAAUCUCUGGCAAUGUCAGUGGGAAGGCAAAAGAGACUGGAAAAGAAGACGAAAAUAUCAAAAAAUCCAAACCAGUAGACUACCCCCAGCAAGGUGAAGGAGAGGCAGACACCAUGCUAGAAGAGAAAUCCAUAUCUCAGAUUGCUCUCCCUGCAGUGAAAACCUCAGUUAAUAAAAAGCAAAAGGAAGAGCCUGCUAAGCAACCCAAUGUUGCUCAGCAUUCGGACCCUCUGAAAGCUGAGUUAGCACAAGCAGUCGUUAAAAAAGCUGAACCAAAACGAAGGGCAAACCAGGAUGACUUUGAAUACAAAAACCCAUGGAUUGGCCCGCGUAUGGGAAAAACUGAAUUCAUUGUGCCCAAAAGUGCCCCACGCAAAGCACCUGCUAGUCAGCCUGUCGUAAUUGACGCCCCACCACCAGUAGUCAAUAGUCAACCCAAAGUUAUUCAGCGCCGUAGCCUGCAGGAAAUAUACGGUAGCCAGGUGGCCGCCAUACCAGGACCAGUGCCUCCACCUGUUGAGGAAAAGACUGAGAAGUCAUCUGAAGAAGAGACCCAGAAGGAACAGGAGAAGGAUGCUGCCUCUGGAGAUAAUACCCCAUCAGAGACCCCGAAAGAAGAGUUUAUUAUUGAAAAAGAAGAUUAUUAUGUGAACAAGAUGCCAUCACCAGGGACAAUCCGUGCAGUUCCAGUCAAAGUAGAGACGGACAGCGAGCUGGAGACUACAGACAUGGACACCCCAGAUCCCAGCCCACGCCCCACCUCACCCUCUUUACUAGGGGGUGCUGAUGGCCUCAAGACAGAGAAAGAAUGGCUGCAGGAGGUAGAUAAAAAGUUAAGAGAACAACGACAGUUACAGGGACAGUAUGAACAGUUACAGCAACAGUUUGGACUAUGGCAAGCCCAGCUCAUGCAGAACCAGGCAAUCUUGGAAGAAAAGAAAAUAGUGCAGGCAGGAUCUCUUCAAGAACAGAUGCAGAUGCACCUGCAGAGGAUGGCAAUGUUACGUGAAAGCAUGGAAGUCUUUAGCAACGCUAUCUCAGAGUCAGAAAAGAUGGCGGCUGCAGCACGUGCGAGAGAACAAGGACAGGGGGCCCCAGCUUCAGAGACAGUUGCUGCCAGUGAAGCAAAAACAGUUGAAGCUGAGGCUACUGUCACAAAACCAAAGCUGGAGAGGUCCUCCAGUAUCACCAGCACUAUUCCCCGCGGCUAUGGAGCCAAGUUGGACCGCCAGUCUAGCUUUACACAAGUUCGAGACAUCAAGGCGGAAUUAGGGACUUCAGCUUCGUACAAUACACAGAAGUCACAGGAGGAUACUUCAAGGUCUGCAGCUCUCCCAAAACCAUACUCGUCUCCUCGGUCUUCCAUGAUAUCCACUGUACCCCCGCCUGUGGCGCCACCUGCUCCUGCGUCUGCCCCACCACCACCGCCUCCUCCGCCACCACCUUCCAACCAAGUGCCAAACGGCUCCAUCAAAUCAGCCGCUAACGGACCUGUGAAACCAACAUCCAAUGGACAGGCCAAACCACCAGCAUCCGACGACACCUUCAAACUGCCUGAUGCAUCUGAAAUGACAGCGCUGAAGGUCAACUUGAAACCAGCCAAUCAGAGGCCACCAUCGAAGCGUUUUGAACCCCAACUGGACCCCCAUGAGGAGCUUAUGAUCGCCAUUCGUAAUGCUGGAGGGCGUAAUAAUCUACGGAAGGUCACAGUGAAGGAGACACAUUGGAGCAAAAGCACUGCAGGGCCAUCUUAAUUGAAAAUAGCAGCAUGACAUCACUGGAUUUGUGACACAGGGAUUUCAAGCUGACAAGAAAAUUGCAUUGUGGAAAUAAAUUCUAACUGGCAAGAAAAAUGGCAUGAAAAUGUGUGUAAUUGAAGAUGUGAUUAAAAAUACUUCAGGAAGUUAUGUCAGAAAAUGCAUUAUUCAAGAUUUCACAGAAAGAAACAGGAAAUGCAUGAAAAGAUAUUAUAUUUGUUCACAUAACCCAUUAUACCAUUACUUUCUGACACAGUUGGUGGCUGAUUUUCCGUUGGAAGGAAGAUUUCUGGCUGUGGGAAUAUUGGCUUUGGCGAGGCAAUACUGGCCAGGUUAUUCUGCACGUCUUACUUCCAGUGUACAGGAACUGUGAAGGCCAAGAGACAAAACUUCAAUCUUUUUACUGGGAAACCGAGAACCAGGAAAAUGAUAUUCUGAGUAAUAUUGAGAGUAUGGAGAGUAAUAUCGUACCACAAUGACUAAACAUGCUGUCAGAAAUGAUAUUGCGCCACAAGGAGUAUAUAACUGUUCACCAGUUGUGCUUUGAAUUUGACGCUGUCAGCAUCCACUGGGUAUAUGUGAUAGUUAAACUGGGUUCCUAAUAUAAACUUCAUAUAAUAUGUAUGCAGUCGGAGACGUCAAAAACGUAAUAUAUAUAUAUAUAUCCAAUAUGGAUGCUACCAGUCAUGUGAUCUGAAAAAGUCAUGUGAUCUAUGGAAGUCAUUUGACACCUUCUAGGAAGGUGCACAACACCUCAUCUUUUUUCCUGCAAAAUCUUAUAUAUACAGAUUUUUCCCUCACCUCUUUAAUUAUAUCGUAUUAUAUUAAUUGAUAGUGGUCAGUUACCUAAAAGACUGAUUCAGAAUUGAUGUCUGAUUGUUGAGAUCUGAGAUGGGGAAAGGAGUGGAGUGAGAACAAAGAUGAUAUGUGAUAAUAUAGUGUAAUCUUCCAGUAGGACAUAGAUUGUAUUGUAUUGUAUUGUAUAUACUAUCUAUACCACAUAGGCCAGACUUAGUAAUAGUUGUCUUUUUCUCUUUCAAAGGAGUAAUCAAAAUACAUUGCUGUAUAUUAAUUGCAUGCAUCACAUAAAAGAUAUUGUGAGUCAGUAGUUUAUUAGACUCUCCUAUUUCCAAUUCAUGUACCAGUGGAUGAAGUAUGCCUUACCUUAUUCUAUAAAGGUGCUAAGAAAGAAUUGAAACAUAUCUAGGGCUAAAGGGUUGGGGGGAGGGGUCACCCAAUUUUGAAAUAUUUCAGUUGAUUUGUAUCUGUUUGAAAAUGGGGACUAAAUGUGAUGCAGAGAAUUGGUUGUGAUUUUAUGUGAGAUUGUGAACAGGAAAUUAGUUUAUCAACAGUAGAUCUUUAUAUAAUCUUUAUUUAUUUUUUUAAUCCGUGUUUUCAGCAAGGUUUACUUCUUCAGCAGAUAAGAUUUAGUGGUGAAAUAUUCAGACCCUUGUUCACUUUGAUCCAGUCUGUUGUUAUAAUCUAUAAAUGAAAUAACACCAGUGCCUUAUCUUUCAUACACUUAAUUAAUCCCCGUAAAUCAAACAAUUUUUAUAUGCUAUACUGGAUGUAGCAAGAUAAGUUGAUUUUAGAGACAUAUAUAAGAUGUGUUAGGUGUGAAAGAACUGGUUGUGACAUUGCGACAUAGUUGACACCUCCUCCCCCCCCCUCCCCCAACAACAGCUAGGCUAUUAAGGGGUCUUAUUUCUUUUGCACACUGUACUCUUAAAAGUACAUGCUUCAUUGUAAACUACAAAAUUGGUCACUGAAGAGUGCUGUUUAAAAGGUUUCAAACAGUGGAGAAACAGUUUUUCAGUUCAUAUACUGUGAGGUCCUUAGUAGAAAUUGUAUUUAAGAAGCUUCCAUUUUAUUGAUAAGAAUUUUUCAUUCCAAAAGUUAGAGAAAUUUGAAAUAAUUUAAUGUUUAAAUGUGUCAUUUUGUAAGAUAGAAUAUUUUUAAAUAUUGAUUUUGAUACAGAAACUCCCCUAACUGCCAUAAAAGCAGGGCUUACUAGAUAGAUAUUUGUAGGGUGCUGUAGAAAUUUACAAUCUAAUCUUUUUUUUUUUUUCACUUUUACAAAGAGUCAGAAAAAUUCCAUGCACGAGAUUGAAAGUCAAGGUUGUGAAGGGUCUUUUCUUGAGCAGAGCCACCUUGUGUUGAAGGCAUUAUUUGCCGUAUUUCCAUUGACAUGAGCAUCCAGAUAAAUUGUAUAUAUUAUAAAUAUAAUACAGAAAUUUCCGUUAUGUAUGUGUAUGUUAGUGCUAUGUACUAAUUUAUCUUAGCAUGUUGCUGUAACUGGUAGCUCUAGUUAGUCCUGAUAAUCGAUUAUAAAUUAUAUUUGUUUAUUUCAAUAUAACGAGUUAAUAACAAUGUGUAUAUAAUUAUGAAAAAUGUGAAAAGAAUUAAAUAAGGAACCCUAUAUUUCUCACUAAGUAGAAGUGAACGUCGGUGCAAGUUAACAUAGUUAUGACGCACAGUGACGUCACAAGUUGUAUAAAUCACACAAGAGACUGCACUGUUGCUUUAUGUAACGUUAGACUAUGAGAAUUCCGACAAAUAUUGUAUUAUCCCCAGGUUGUGGAACUAUGUAGCCUCAACAUAACUUAAAAUUGAUGGUAGACUAGAAAAUUAAAGGAGUUAUCAGUACAAGAUUUUGUUUGUAAAGGCUCGUUAUUUUAUUUAUUUAUUUAUUUGGCUUUUUCCCUUUAAUUGUUACCGAUAUUACCACCCGGCAAUCUAGAGCAAUGUAGUCCAUUAUCAGAGAGCAGAUGUGACGAUAUAAUCAUUUUUGGAAAGAAGGCAACAUUAAAAGAAUUCGAAUGUCACGACCAUGAGCAUUUAUAUGGUAUUUUUUUAAUGAGAUAAUAGUCCUCAACUAUGCAAACACGUGGUACAAGUAUAAAAAAAACGGUAUUCCUUUUGAUUGCAGCAGGAGGAAAACCUCAGAACUGGAAAUUCAUUCAUUUGUUGGGACAGAGUAGCACAAUUCAAGAUGGCGACUGUCACGUCUGAUACUCCUGUCACGUAGCAACUUCAAACGAGCCGCACGUUCAAAAGUAGAAAACGAUAGUUACAUAAGGGCAAAAAAAAGGAGGAGUUGAAUGAUUUAUCAAAUUUCAUGAUAGUCUACCAUUUGUAUGUAUAGUAACACUUAUUACCAUUAUAAUGUGAUAUUGCAUCGUAUUUUAUAUCAUUCUGUUAUACAUAAGACCCAUUAACUGUAACAUUGUUGGUUAUAUCAUUAAAUUGAAUAUAUUCGAAAAGAUUGUUGUUUC